AUGGGAGCGACACUGUUUGUUCAACCGUUGGAUCUUGUCAAGAACAGAAUGCAGUUGUCUGGUCUCACGGGUAAAAAAGAAUAUCGUUCGAGUAUUCACGCGCUGACAUCGAUCAUCCGAAAUGAAGGUGUUUUGGCUGUUUAUAAUGGCCUCAGUGCAGGUUUGCUUCGUCAAGCAACCUACACCACAACUAGGCUGGGAACCUACACGUACCUGUUCGAACAUUUCAAGACUGGCGAUGCUGCACCUUCUUUUGCCAUGAAGGCAUCGCUAGGUAUGACUGCGGGAGCCGUGGGAUCUGUUGUUGGAACACCAGCGGAGUUGGCGCUGAUCAGAAUGACUGGCGAUGGUCGACUACCUCCCGAGCAACGUCGUAAUUACAAGAACGUGUUUGAUGCUCUGAUUCGUGUUGUGAAAGAGGAAGGCGUUUUCACUUUGUGGAGGGGUUGUGCACCCACUGUGAUGCGUGCAAUGGUUGUGAAUGCUGCACAAUUGGCGACAUAUUCACAAUCAAAACAAGCACUACUGGAGACGGGAUACGUCCACGAUGGUAUUUUCUGCCACUUCCUUGCAUCCAUGGUCUCUGGCUUAGCUACGACAAUCGCAUCGAUGCCUGUCGACAUUGCGAAAACUAGGAUCCAAUCCAUGAAGGUGAUUGAUGGCAAACCCGAAUACAAGAAUGCGUUCGACGUAUGGGUGAAGGUAAGAAUUGGUUCAAGACUGACCUUAAUCUGGGC